GUCAACUAACGUUUGAUGCUUAAUUCAAAUAAUUCGUCAAAUUGACAAACCGGGUGUUGCACUAAGAUAUUAGGCAUUCAAAUUGCCUUUAAACAGUUUUAAAAUAGAAGAUGAAUUUCCUAACAAAAAUUGUUUUGAAAAAUAAUCGCUUUUCUAAACAAUUUAGCUUGCGAUGGAUUCGAGAGCUCAGCUCUGAAAAUACUGUAUUUGAAAAGCAAACUGAUUAUAAUUCAUUGCAAUUGCCAAAGAACAAAUGUAUGGCCACAUAUAUUUGGAUUGAUGGAACUGGUGAAAACGUAAGAUCGAAGACCAGAACAAUGGAUUCAAUACCAACUAAUCCAAAAGAACUGCCAAUAUGGAGCUAUGAUGGCAGCUCAACCUAUCAAUCUCUGGGUUCCAACUCAGAUACGUACCUCCUUCCGGUUGCGGUAUAUAACGAUCCGUUUACAAAAGGAGAUCAUAAACUAGUAAUGUGCGACACCUAUAAAUACGACAAAACUCCCACGGAUUCCAAUAAAAGAUUUUGCUGCAUGAAAGCAUUAGCGCAGGUAAAAGAUGUGGUGCCAUGGUUUGGAAUCGAGCAAGAGUACGCGUUGAUGGAUUUGGACAAUCGGCCUUUCGGGUGGCCUAAGCAAGGGUUUCCUGCACCUCAGGGGCCGUUUUAUUGUGCUGUUGGAGCAAAUAAAGUGAUCGGAAGAGCCAUAGUGGAGGCCCAUUAUAGAGCCUGUUUGUAUGCGGGACUUACAAUUUCCGGAACCAAUGCAGAAGUAUUACUUUCUCAAUGGGAGUACCAAAUUGGCCCAUGUGAAGGAGUUGGCGCUGCAGACGAACUGUGGAUGUCCAGAUAUAUCUUACAUAGAGUAGCAGAAGAUUUUGGUGUAGUGGUAUCUCUGGAUCCAAAACCGGUGGAAGGAAACUGGAACGGCUCAGGAGCUCACGUGAACUUCUCCACAAAAGCUAUGAGGGAAGAUGGUGGAAUUAAAGAAAUUGAAAAAGCCAUCGAAAAACUGAGCAAGCACCAUAUGAGACACAUUGAGGCCUACGAUCCGAAAGGAGGCAAAGACAAUGAAAGAAGGCUGACUGGGAGGCACGAAACUUCAGACAUUUACACCUUUUCAGCGGGCGUGGCUAAUCGAGGAGCAAGCGUGAGAAUCCCAAGAGGUGUAGCUGAAGACGGAAAAGGUUAUUUAGAAGAUAGAAGGCCAUCUUCAAAUUGCGACCCAUAUUCAGUGCUCGAUGUUAUGGUACGAACCUGCCUUUUGUGCGAAUAGUUAGACUGAAAAAUAUUUUUUAUGACAUUUGAAUUUAUGAAAUUAUGUAACAAUUAAUAUGGAUGUUACUGCUUAUUAAACACUCAUUAGCAAGAUAUGCUUCUGAAACUAG